UUUAUAACUAUCAAAGUGAAUUUGUGGAAUGACUCGUAAUUUGCAUAACUCAUUUUCAUAGCGCUAAUCAGAUAUGGCAAACCCUCCCUAAAACCCUCUCAAGGCGCACGAUUACGAGCAAACUCAGUCGCUGACAAUCCAAGCUUUUAACUGUCACUCUCUGCUUCUUCCUAAAAUACGCCCAUUCUUUCAAUACUACAAUGCUUGUCCUGCACAACUACGUACCUGCUCUUCCAUUCACCCAAAUAACCCGCCAUUCCACCAACCGUUUGCCGCUAUUUUCGACCGUUAAGCUCUCCAUACAGAGCAACACGCCACCCAGGACUUCGGUUUUUUUUACGAAAGGCAAAAAAUUGCAGAGCGAGAUAGAUAAAGAUGAGGAAGAAGAAGAGGCUGAAACGGUGUCGCCUAGAGGAUUUAGAGGGAAAGAACAAGAGAAGGAUUACGAUAAAGACCCUGAAUUUGCGGAGAUUUUGGGAAGUUGUCUGGACGACCCGCAAAAAGCGCAAUCCAAAAUGGAGGAUAGAGUAAAGAAGAAGAGAAACAAAAUAUUGCAUACAAAGACUGGCUCAGGGACUCCUGUGAAAGUGACUUUCAACAAAUUUGAUUUCUCAAACUCAUACAUAUGGUUUGAAUUCCACAAUCUUCCGUUGGAGAAAGAUAUUUCCUUAAUUUGUGAUGCAAUUCGAGCAUGGCAUAUCAUUGGGCGUCUUGGUGGAUGUAAUUCCAUGAAUAUGCAAUUAUCACAGUCUCCUAUGGAUAAAAGACCCAGUUACGACGCUAUUGGAGGAGCCAAUGCAACACCAACCACAUUUUACAACAUUGGGGAUCUUGUGAUUCAAGAAAACUUAGCACGUAUAUGGGUGGAUAUUGGGACCACUGAACCACUGCUUCUGGAUGUUUUGAUCAAUGCCUUGACACAGAUAAGCUCUGACCAUGUUGGAAUAAAGCAAUUGGUGUUUGGUGGAUCUGAAUUUGAGAAUUGGAAGGAGAACUUGACAUCAGAAGAUGCAGGUUGCAGCGUUCACAAGAUUUAAGCACUUGGAAAGACGAGAUCGAAAUGCUGAGACUGAUAAAGAAAUCUUGCAGAUGUUUGAAUUGCCCGAUGAUGGUUUAGGAUGCUGAAACUGAUAACCAAUUCAAGGAUGUAAGCACUAUCUAAUUAGUUUGUGAAACUUGUGAUCUGUAAAUUAAUAUUUUUGAUUCUUUGGUAGGAUAUUUUUUUUUUUU